UUCUAGUUUGUAGGCACUCCUAGAUCAUUCAGUCAUGUCUCUUCUUUGGCAAUGUGCAAUUGUUUUGGCUGUAGUAGUAGCAGCAGCAAGCGCUGCCAAUGAAGAUUUUAAUGUGGAUUGUGAGAAACACUCCAUUAAAGUGACAUGGAAGGUCAGUCCAGAGUUGGUUGAAAAUGCUGCCCGUCUUUUCCUUGGACACUGUGUUCCGUCCACAUUUUCUGUUCUUCCCACGGGAGAAGGGAUGGCGACAUUCCACUACAACCUCAAUGGCUGUGCCAUCAAGAAACGGGUGACUGGCAAAAAACACAUCUAUUCAACCAACCUGACUUACAGACCUGACCGAAAGCCCAAACCUGCUGCUAUUAGUCACCAUAUUAAGUGUGUUUACAUAAGACCUGAGGGAUGGAUUCCCCCAUUCCUUAUCCCUGCCUAUGGUAGUGCUGAGGGUCAUGGAGGAUUGGUUUUCCACAUGGCACUCCUCAAUGAAGACCUUACUGGUCUGGCUAAGACCAGCCUGUUUCCCCUGGGCUCUUUCAUCCCCAUCUGGGCAGCAGUGGAUCAGAAGGACCAUCAGCCCUUGCUGCUGCUCUUGGAGGAGUGUGUGGCGGCCACAACACCAGAACUGCAGUCUGCGAGCCUGGUGUACCCCAUCAUCGCCAACAAGGGUUGCCUUGCAGAUGGGAAGACUGGGAACUCCAGGUUCCUGCAUAGGUACCACUCGUCUGCUAUUCUGCUUUACCUGCAGUCCUUCAAGUUUGCCCUAGGCGAGGAAGUGUAUAUUCAUUGUAAGCUUGUUGCAUGGGACCCUGAGGUUUUUGAUAUAGAAAAGAAGGCCUGCCACUACAUUAAAGAGACUGGAGAAUGGGAGCUGCUGGACGACCCGUCUCAAAGUGACCUCUGCAAGUGCUGUGACUCGAGUUGCAAGCCUCGGUUGAAGAGGGGUGUGGAUUCAGAACCCCAGGGCCUGGUUCAAAACUCUGUUCUUGGACCGCUCACAAUAGUGGAAAACUCUGAAACCCAGAUCCCCAGUGAAUUUGUAAAAUAUCCUACUGUAGAACAAGGGAUGGCUGUCUUUUCUGUCUCCACAGCCAUCUAAUUGUUGGUGGCCUGAAGGGUGCAUCACUUUCCAGUACAUUUAGAGAAGGUGUGGAAACUACACCCCCAGUAUGGUCCUUUGACUUUAGCAUGUUUCAAUAAAAUGAGUACUUUACAA